UUUUCUUCCUUGAAGUUCCAAAUCUGCUAUCUCACGAUCCAAUUCACAUUCCAUUCCAUUCCAUUCCAUCCCUUGUUUUGUUAUUUUGUUUUUGAACCCCAAGAUUUUUAUUAAUAAGAAAAAACAGAGGAGGGGCCAAAAGGAGGAAAAGAAAUUUCAAAAGAAUAGAAAAGAAAAAGAAGAAGCAAAGAAAAGAAGAAAACAAAAGGUUCUUGGAGGCAUUGGCUUUGGAUUCUUGCUUGAUUGAUUAAUUUUUAUUUUUCAAAGUUACAACCUUUAAUUAAAGCAGGGCUUUGUUUGGAUUGGAAGGGGCAAUCUUCAAAAACAGAUGGGAGGUGUUGCUGUUGAUGUCCUGUGGUCUCUUUGCUCCCUUUCUCUUUGGAAAAACAAAAGAUUUUGGAGAGUGGUGAAACAAUAUGAAGGGUAAAAUAAGGAUUAAGAAGCCGAGAAGCGGUGGACUUAGGGGGGAUUUGGGACAGAUAAUGAAGUGUUUAUGCACCGGAGAGCAAAUAACAAAAGUAAACAAGAUGAUACCUUCAUCCGAAUCCCUUGCUAUCAAAGAUUAUUCAUUAAGCGGUUAUUCUUCCAAAGUUAGUGACAGUGAAAAAAAGCCGGAUACCAGGAAUAUAGAAGAAGCUGAAUUGUCGCUGCGUGAAAGUAGUUCACUGAAUUAUGAGGAAGCAAGAGCGCUGCUGGGAAGAAUUGAAUAUCAGAAAGGAAAUAUAGAAGCUGCACUACAUGUGUUUGAAGGAAUAGAUAUCGCUGCAAUAAGUCCCAAAAUGAAACUCACCCUUUCCAGAAGAGUAGAACGUCAUAAGAGACGGUCUCAUGACUAUGCUCCUCCACCAAUGUCUAUCCAUGCUGUCAGUUUACUGGUAGAAGCAAUCUUUCUCAAAGCAAAAUCAUUGCAGCAUCUCCAGAGGUUUAAAGAAGCUGCUCAAACUUGCAAAGUUAUUCUGGACAUUGUUGAAUCUUCAUUACCAGAAGGCUUGCCUGAAAACUUUGGUGCUGACUGUAAAUUGCAGGAGACUCUUAAUAAGGCUGUCGAGCUGGUUCCAGAAUUAUGGAAAUUUAGUGAUUCUCCACGUGAAGCAAUUUUGUCCUACCGCAGGGCUCUUCUCCAUCAGUGGAACCUUGAUGCAGAAACAACCGCAAGGAUUCAAAAACAGUUUGCCAUUUUUCUUCUCUAUUGUGGAGGUGAAGCAAGCCCCCCAAACCUCCGCUCCCAAAUGGAUAGUUCAUUUGUCCCUAGAAAUAACAUAGAAGAAGCUAUACUCCUGUUAAUGAUACUAUUAAGAAAAGUUUCUCUGAAGAGAAUUGAAUGGGAUCCAUCAAUUUUGGAUCAUCUGUCAUUUGCUCUCUCCAUGUCUGGGGAUUUGAGGGCUUUGGCUAAGCAAAUAGAAGAGCUGCUUCCAGGGAUUAUUAAUCGCAAAGAAAGAUACCACAGUCUAGCUCUCUGUUAUUAUGGAGCAGGAGAAGAUUUGGUUGCUUUGAAUCUAUUGCGGAAAUUGUUGAGUAGUAGAGAGGAUCCAGAUUGUGUUCAAGCUUUGUUAAUGGCAUCAAGAAUUUGUGGGGAAAAACCAAAUUUUGCAGAAGAAGGGAUUAGGUUUGCUCAUAGAGCCCUUGAAAGCUUGGAGGAUGAAUGCAGUGAGUUGGAAGCUACCGGUAACUUUUUACUGGGUGUGGCUCUUUUAGGACAUUCUAAGUCAGCCCCAUCCAAUUCUGAGAGGUUUGCAAGACAGUCUGAGGCCCUUCAGGCCUUGGAAAGUGCUGGGAAAAUUGCAAGUAUGAAAGACCCAAAUUUUCUUUAUUAUCUCAGCCUGGGAAAUGCUGAGCAGAGGAAGUUGGAAGCUGCACUUUAUUAUGCAAAGUCUUCGCUAAAACUAGAAGGUGGCUCUAACAUUAGGGGGUGGUUGUUGUUGGCUCGCAUAUUGUCAGCACAAAAACGUUUUAUGGAUGGUGAAAUUGUUCUCAAUGCUGCCUUGGAUCAAACUGGAAAAUGGGAUCAGGGAGAAUUAUUGCGCACCAAAGCUAAACUUCAAAUUGCGCAGGGGCGGCUGAAAAGUGCCAUUGAGACAUAUACUCAGCUUCUUGCUGUUCUUCAAGUACAGAGUAAAAGUUUUGGUUCUGGCAAGAAGCUUCAUAAGGAUUGUGGAUAUUCUUCUAGGAGUUUUGAACAGGAAAUAUGGCAUGAUCUAGCUUAUCUCUACAUAAGCUUGUCACAGUGGCGAGAUGCUGAGAUUUGUCUUUCAAAAUCCUCGGCCAUCUGUUCUUACUCUGCUGUUAGAAAUCAUGCAACUGGUGUACUUUAUGAGAGAAAAGGGCUCCUAAAGGAAGCUCUGAAGGCUUAUCGGAAUGCUUUGGAUAUGGAUCCCAAUCACGUGCCAAGCUUGAUAUCUGCAGCUGGUGUGCUCAGACAACUUGGGAGCCAAUCCACUGCAAUUAUAAAAAGCUUGCUGAUGAAUGCUCUCCGAGUUGAUAGGAUGAACCCAUCUGCAUGGUAUAAUCUUGGUCUGCUUCACAAAGCAGAAGACACUGCAGCGUCACUUGAAGAAGCGGCUGAAUGUUUUGAGGCUGCUGCCAUUCUUGAAGAGUCAGCGCCUGUUGAGCCUUUCAGAUAACAGCCCUAUGCCAAUUCUGCUUCUGUAAAUCAUAACAACUUUUCUCCAAACUCUUCCCCAUCAUGUAUUUUUUUUCUGUGUUUCUUAUAUAUUUUGUAAUUCCAAUAGCAAUAAAAUGACAACUUCUUUUCCUUUU